GAAUGAUCUAACACUUCUUUGCAGAAAAAAAUAAUUUAAUUUCGUGAGGAACUAAAAAUGUUUUUGCUUUAUUCUGAUGAAUGUUCCCAUAUUUAUUCCUAAGCUUAUUGGCGGUGCUUGAAAAGUAGUUUUACGAAUGUAUGGGUACAAGUAGUUUGUGAGUGUUCCUGAAUAUACUACAAUUUCCUGUUGCCAUUUCGCUAUAGGGAGCCAUGGAGCUUAAUGGGAUAUAUAGCCAAUCAUUUGAUGAGCAAGUGCCUAAUGGGUCUCAUAGUACGGGAUCUGGAAGCGCAACUCAAGAUCCAGAGCUCACUAGACCAAAUAGCGCUGAUAGCUCCCAACAUUACCACGCUCCUUCAAAUCAAAGUUCAAGUGCUUCACUGUCAAUAGAAGAACGACUCAGGCGCGUUAGAGCCGCUGAACAACUUAAACAGCAGCAACGUUACGCAGCCUACGUAGAAGCCCAACAACAAGCCGAAAUGGCACGUAUGCGCCAACAAGAGGAAAGAAAGCGCAGAAUUGAAGAAAUGCGACAAAAGGAACAAAUGCGCCGACUUAGUGCACUAGAACGACGUGCAGCCUUGGAAUUAUCUAAUCAAGCACGGAUAGAACGACUUCGAGAACGGUCGGCUAACCGUUCAGGAAACAAUACGUUUCGCCGCCAGUUUGCAGAACAUGAUCACUCUGGCCGUACUGCAAGUGCUUCUCCUUCUUUGGGAACCUCGCGAAAUCCAAGCACUCUUAUGACAACUUCGUGUGUGGUCGCCUUUGGAAGCAGCGCUCCGCGCUCUAUAUGUACGCAACCAAGUGCAGCAGCUUUACGUUUGAAACAGGCUUUUGAAGCGCGAUUAGCUAGCUACCUUACCGGUCGACAUAGUGGGUGCUUUUUUACAGCAGCUGCAGCACCUUAUUAUUCGUGCUUUAUAGAUACAUCACAUGGACCUCGGCCUCAAAUCUCUGUGUAUAAAUCGAGGCCCUGUAAUCGAGGUGUAACGCAGUCUAGGCGAGCUGCUUCAGCUCAUGCCUCUGUUUUGCGUCAUACUAAGUCUUCAUUCACUCGGGUUACUCAUGCUCGACGUCAACAAAAUUCUCUUACUAACAGAGACACUGUUUUCAAAAAUGGUCAACCUAUCAGCACUAAAGUCUUGAAAUCCCCAAACACUACCACAGUUCCUGAUGGGCACAAUGUCGAGAGUAAUCGAACCAGUGAAGUAAUUUCAAGUCGAUCUAAUUCAUCCAACGAAUGUGAUAAAAUUGGGCGUCUUAAUCAUCAUCCCAAAGUGCCAAAACAUAUUACUGCACCCGCAAAUACAUCGAAAACGAAAGAACAUACAGCUAAGUUGGAAAAUAUGGUCCCACCUUCAGAUUCCACUAGUUCUACACGUUCCAACUCUAUUGAGAGACGAUCUAGACAACCAACUAUUUCUGUAUUCGAACGUUUAACAAUGUCUCGUUCUGUUACUACUUCUGGAAACGUUACGACAAAUAAAGCAAGACCUGUCCAUUCGUCUGCUAAUACUGUGCAUGUGGCAAAAAGACCCGAAUCUAUUCGAGAAUCCAAACGUAAUGGUAACUCUGUCGUGCCACCUGUGAUGUCUAAAUCCGUUUCUGGUGAUGCGCUACAUCUGCGCCACCAAAAGAAACCAGUGCUCCCCUCGAAACCCCUCUCACCGCCCUCUUAUCCAACCAGAAUCCAGGAGCCAGAAACAGCUAUUUCCAGUCUUCCUCCGUUACCUCAGUCUUCAUCUGAGUCAGAAAGUGUUACUCAAGUAGCUGAAGAUAUCUCUAUUACAAAAGUGCCUUGCAGCGACUCUACUCCAUCUCCUUCAUCUCAAGUUAAUGAUGUAAAGAAUGAAACUUCGUCCAUUAUUGCACAAAUAGGUCCAAUUAAGGCUGAGACACGUGGUUCAGGUGAAGGUGCCAUUUUAUCUGAAAAUGAAGCAGCAAUUUAUCGUGCAAAACUUUUUAAACAACGUCGCUUAGCAAAAGAGCGAAUGGAAGAAGAAAAAAGACGAUUGGAAGAGGAGAGUCGUAAUCGACGAAUCCAACAAGAGCAAGCUGGUUUAGCUGCCGAAGCUGAAGAAGCUCGUUUAAAAGAAGAACAGGACGCUCGUUUGGCUGAAGAAGCUCGUUUAAAGGAGGAGCAAGCUCUUCAUGAGGCUGAAGAAGCUCAACGUGCAAAAGAAGCGGAAGAAGCCGCUAGGCUUCAAGCAGAAGAAGCAGAGCGUCUUGCAAAAUUGCAACGUAGUGAAGAAGAAAGAGUUUUACGCAAGAAAAAGUUGGACAGUAUUAUGUCUCGUGUCAAAAGACCAAUGAAGUUAACAUCUGAGGCAACUAGUGAAUCUGGGUCUACAACCAAUCUUCAAUCAACGGAUACCACACAGUCAUCUUUAGUGCCUGAUACUACUUGUGCUUCGCCUGAUAGAAUCGUUAACAAAGAACCAACUAUAGGUGUUGAAGCACCUAAGGUGGGGAUCAAUCCAUCAGAGAUUUAUGAAACUUCUAAUGGCAGAGUCAUUUUUACUGUUGACGGUGGAAGGGUGAAUGAAUCUUCGUCUUCACUUAAUGACGAAUCUGUCGACCAGUCAUCUUUUUCACACACAAUUACUGAAAACGAUUUGAAAAAUAAUGUAAAUAACACUUGUGAAGAUCUCGUCUCCAGUACUACUAUCACUACUACUACCAUCAAUGGAAAGUCGAACAAUAAUAACAAUGCACCAUUAAGUAAUGUGAAUGAUGCAGAAGCAACAACACAAGUGACAGGCAAUUCAGAUUUGACAAUGAUAAGGAAUAGUUCAAGUGCUAGUCAUAGAACACCACAAUUCAAAUCUGCGUUAUUGCAAUCUAUGCUAGGCGCAGGUCGUUUGUCUGCACAUGCUAAAGAUGCUGUUGCUGGAUUAAGACGUAAUUCUUCUCAAAUACAAAAUGAUCAAAGUACAAAUGAUAAUUGGCCUCAACAUCAUGAACAUAGUGAUUCUACUGUGUCUAGUUUCUAUUCAGUUAAUAGUACACUUAUUCAGGACUCUGGUGAUUCUGUAAAUAUAAACAAUAGUUCUUCAAUUAUGCAUUCUGUGUCGGACACAUCUAGGCAUUAUCAGCAUGAUCUACCUCACCUUAAUGGAUCAAAUGUUAUGCAGAAGUCUGGUAAUCCUGUAUAUUUGUGGUCGGAAGAUCCUGAUCAUGAAGUUUCCAAACCCGAUUCAUUGUCUUCUGUUCCUCAUGUUUUGCUAGAAACGCAGUACACAAAUCCAUUUAAAGAAAAAUAGCCAUACCCCUCACUGUAUCUGCUAGUUUGAUAGACGGAGUGUCAGCUUAACCUUAUCUGUGAUUUGAAUGAAGCAGGCAAUCGGAUGCAUACUAUGUACACUGUUUUCAACUCAAUGAAUGCACCUACUCUACUAUCUGAAUAAAACACGACUGUAGAAAUAAGAUUUUCUUCCUACCUGAUAAUGGACUAAGUGGUAAGUGACUUUCUGUUUUUUUACAACUCAGAAUCUCGAAUUGUUGGUGAAUUGUCCCCAUCGGUAUGAUGAAGGAAUAUUAAAGAUACCACCUUUGUUUAUUCAGAUCUAAACAAUAUAUGCUAUGAACAUCGAUAUGAUUAUUUCUUUAGUUUACAUUUUAAUAAAUAACUAAAGUAGACAUUGUAUGCUCAAUUUUAAGGAGCCUCAAAAACUAUAUCCAAUUUUAUAUUCAUCAACUGUCACGACUAAUUACAAACACUCAACUUGAUUGGUAUUUCGACUAGUUUAUCCAAAUAGAACACAAUAAAGUUCCUUAUUUCAACUGAGACUACAGUAAUCAUCAAACAUUCAGCAAUGUUAUACGACAAAUUAAAACUUUACAUUACAGAUUUAUUAGUUGCUGUUGUCAGCUUUUUUUAUAAGCCUUAGGUGUAACUACAUAUGAAUGUCUAGUUGAGUCACCAUUCUAUUUAGAGAAUAAGAAUGAAACUAAAUUAUUUUAAAGAUAUCUGAACCGACUAGAUGUUAUGCCCAUAAUGACUCAGUAUUCUGAACUAUACCACAGAACGUUCAAAGUUCUUUUUGGUGAAUAUCUGUAAGCGAACGACGCGAUAAAGGAGCUUUAACUAACUCAUUAGUACCGCUGAAUGGCCCGUUUCAUGGAUCCAGUAUUAAUACACAAAAAAGUACGGGCAAGUAACACCACACAUUAAAGUUAUUGUGAAAGGUCGUAGAAAAAGAUUAAUGCUUGACUACGUACAUGAAAUGGUACACAUAGUUCACAUAUUUAAAUAUGUUAAACUUUCAUAAAAAUUUGGAAUUGUAAGUAACAUCCAUAUCUACAUGAAAUUAUUAGGUCGUUUUAUCAAUGUACACGAUUUCAAUAUUUGCCAUUACAUAUACGAGUCUUUCAUCAAUGUACAUCUACUAAGUCACUUAUUCAUGUUUCAUAAAGUACAUCAGUCAGUAAUAAUAACAAAAAGUUGCGUUCAAUUUUCCUUCGUCUAAUUCACUUCAUCCACAAACUGAGUCGUCGUUGAAUAUUCAAUAAUUUUUACUGUUUCAUUCACUGAUUAAUAAUUUAUUCAUAAAUUCAAAUAUAUUUUUACAUUUACCAUCUCCUUUGUCUUUCUUUUCACAGUCGAUACAUCAACUCAUUGAAUUUUAUUGCUACUAGAAAAAUCACACAUGUAUUCGUGAAGUAUAAAAGUUGGUGAAACUUUAAUUCAAAUGCUUCCAUGCUUCUACCUAACUAAAUUGAUCCAUCUUACUGUGUAUUAUUCUAAGCUUUCCAAGUGAUUAACAAACAUUGAUUCCACUAAGUAGUUUUUGCUCUGUACUCUCUCUUUCUCAACUCCUCCCCGUCUAUCACUACAUAUAUACAUAAACAUGAAAUUUUAUUCCAUUUUUUAUUUUAAAAAAGAAAAUUAGUAAGAAAAACUCAUUUGCACAGUUUUUAUCGCAGUUCCCUAUUUAACAUGUACAUUGAUAGCUGAAGACUGUGCACACCUCCGUGUGUAUUGAUUCAAUUUAUUUGCUAUUAUUUAGUUAUGAUGAUAAUAAUCAUAAGAUACCUCUUCGAAUCUUUUUUCAUCGCUAUUCUAGUUGUUAAUUCUGGUUAUAAAUUGUACAAUUUUAUGACUGAUUAGUUGAUUGAUUGGUAUUACAUCAUCAACAUUAGAUUUUGUUUCAUUUUGACUUACUACUACUGUUUUGACAUUAUGCUUUCUGUGACACUACUAGUCAAAUCCACUAAAUACUCGGCGGUACUGUAUUUUUAUUCAGAGAGCUCUUGAUUUAGUUCAUUUAGUGGCGUUGACUAACAGUGACACAGAAAGCAUAAUGUCAAAACAGUAGUAGUAAGUCAAAAUGAAACAAAAUCUAAUGUCGAUGAUGUAAUACCAAUCAAUCAACUAAUCAGUCAUAAAAUUGUACAACUUAUUUAUGUAGUUUUAUGAUUAAUCCUAUGAUUCGUUUUCUCCUUGCCCAUCAAAGUUUUAUCUCCUUGUUAUUGCUUCUGUUUAUUUGAUGGUAUACCAAGUAAUCCUGUAAUUUUGUAAGCUAUACUUCGUGUAUCCUCUCCUUCCCUAAUACUGAAACAACCUACUACUGUCUUCCUUAUAUAUCCUUUCUUUCCCGGUACACGCGGAUGAGUGCCAUAAUACUUCUUUAUAAACAGGUGAAGAUUUCUUGUUUUCAUGUGUCAUAUCCACGGUCCCCAGUACAUAAACCUCUUGCUAAUUUUUUUGCACAGUUUUGCUGUUGUUCAUUCACUGAUGCUUUAUCCGAUAUUUAUGCGUGUGCCUGUACGCUUGUCCGCAUUUUAUAUACCUGUAGGCUAUGUGAAAGGAGCAAGACUAUUUAACUUUUGUCUAUCAUAUAUUUUAAUUGGUCAUUCUUAUUUAUGAUAAUGAUAGUAAUUAUUAUUAUUAUUAAACGUUUGGUUAAUUUUAUCUCAUUCUCUUCUCUUCAUUUUCUCUAUUUACAUAGCUCCGUUUUAACUUUUAUCCGUCAUUGUCUAUAAUUUAUUUAUAAUAAAAGAAAUAAAGAUUCAUUAGUGACAAUAGUGAUGAAAAUAACUCUUUUUAUAUUACGCUUGUUGACCAGUACUUUGGCCUAUCCUCCUUAUUGUGUAUAAAAUGUUCUAAACGAAUUGAAGCAC